CCGACAUGAAGGCUAUAAUACAGCGAGUGUCGAAGGCUUCGGUUUCAGGUAAAGUUAUUUGCAAAUUGCAUAUAUUCUCUACCAAUGUUUACAAAUGAAUCUGCAUAAAUUUGUAUCCCUUACGCGAUGAAAAAAGAAAUUUAUGAUGUAUCGAAAAGCCAGUGUUAUUGUCAGUACUAGCAAUUUAUGCAUACAUAUUGUUAAGAGUUGACGGCGAAGUUAUUAGUAGCAUUGGGAAUGGACUGUGCGUGUUAAUUGGUAUAAAGAGAGACGACGGAGUGACAGAUAUGAAAUACAUGUAAUAAAAUAAUAAUAAUGAGUAGUUUGCACACAUGUGUAUAGUUGAACAUUAGUUUCCUCUGUCGUAGAGUAAGAAAGAUACUGAAUACAAAAAUGUUUGACGACGACAAGGGUAAAAAAUGGGGCGCCAGUGUAGCAGAUAAAAAGUACGAAAUAUUGUGCAUUAGUCAAUUUACGUUGUACCAUGUAUUGAAGGGGAAUAAGUUAGAUUUUCAUAGAGCAAUGCCCGCCCAAGAAUCAGAACCCUUUUACAUGAAUUUCCUUGCUGAGCUUCGUAAAGAAUAUGUCCCGGAUUUGGUCAAAGACGCUGACUGGUGAAUUGUAACAUUUGAUAACUUGUAUUUAAUAAUCAACAAUGGCAACCUCUGAAAAGAAAAAGAGCAUUAUGCAAAAUGAAAGUAACAAAUUGGGAGAACAAAACCAAGAGACUGGUGCAAGGAAUUCAAUCAACACAAGCAGAGUUCCUAAAAAUGAUACAUCUAUUCAACGACAGACACGCGAGAGUCAGACGGAUCCUGAGGAUACAGAAACUAUAGAGCAACUAAAAAAUCAGUUGGUUGUAUUAAUGAACCAGUUGGCCACUCUAUCUGCAGAAAAAUCGAAAAUGGAAGCAAAUUUUCAAAUGGAUAAGAAGCAAUUGCGAAGCGAACGUGAUGAAUGUGAGAAAGUAAUUAAAGAUCUAAAAGACAAAUUGAAGAAAGUUCAAAAUAUGAAUCAUUCUGAUAUGGAUCAUGCAAAGCGCCAAUUAAUUAUGGUGCGGCAGGAGAGAGAGAAAGAACACGAUGACUUCGUUAAAAAAAUACAAGAUCUGCAAAAAUUACUGCAAGACGAGCGACGUAGCAAGGAACAGUUAGAAGGGCAAUUGAAGACACAUCUCUCGAAUAAGACACAAUGUAAGAUUCUUGAAAAAGAGUUAGAAUUUACUAAGACCAAGCUCAAACAGGUUGAAGAAGCGUCGAGAGAGCCACCACCGCUUCUUCUUUCUCUACAAAACGAAAUGGCAGUGAUGAAGAAGCAACACCAGAAUGCAAUUCGUGAAGAGCGGAAAAGAGCUGCUGCUGCGGAGCAACAAGCAAAAGGAUCGGUUAUCAUACACGAGGCGAGAGUGGCUGGUUUGGAGGCUCGAUUAGCUGAACUCUCUGAAAUUGUUGGAGGCUACGAUAGACUAAGGCAACAGGAUCAAUUAGCUAUUCAGAAAUUGAAGGACCAAUUGGCUGCUUUGCAAAACACUGAACAUAGCGAAGUUAUGCCUGGUAAUCAUCCAGAGGAAAUUAUUUCCAAGAUAACGUCUCUGUAUACUCACUUGUUGGAUCUUGACAAUAAAAAAAAGGACUCGGCCUAUGUAAAAUCGUUAUUGAAUAGUUUGGAUUUGCGGGAUGAACGUCCCGAUUACAAGGAAAAAUACGACGUUCUUUUACAAGAAUUUGAAGAUUAUAAACAUCAAAUAAUGUGCAAAUAUAACGUGCCAUCUAACGUGCUUCGCAGUACUCAACAAAGACAUAGUUUAUCUCUGAUGUACGAUAAGGAUCAUGAUAAAACUCAAUUAAACCUUCUUAAGGUUCACAACAGCAACUUAGAGGAAAGGAUACGUAUGAUUAAUAGUGAAAUGGUAAAUAAAGAAAAAAGUUUGAAUGAGCAAUUAGAACAUCAACAAAAGCUAUUUCAAGAAGAACAUACGAAACUACAGCACACGUUGCAUCAAAAAGACAACGAGUACCGCCAUAGAAUAUCUACACUAGAACAACAAUUAUUGCGACAAAGAGAGAGAUCUAUGGCUCUCAUAGAGGAAAAGGAUAAAGAGAUAUUGACGCUGAAAACAUCAUUUCGCGCAUUACUACCUAAUAAGGAGACCACUGCUACAACAGAAAAUAAGACUCAUUUAAGAUACGAGAAUACAAUUGAGCCAGUUACCGAUUUGGUAACAGGAUUGUUGACGAACGACAGUCCCCCGAUACUGCAUUAUACUCAGGAAUUAGCCAGGAAAGAAGUACAAGUGUCAUCAUCAAGGAAAAAGAUUCUGGAAUUGGAAGCAACAUUGAGAGAGCAACAGAGAGAAAUGCUCCAUAUGAAAGAACAACAACAGGAGGAGGUUAAAAGAUUGAAGGCACAUAUCACUAGGCUGGAAGCGUGCAAGUCGAGAGAAGGUGCUAAUUUGGAAUACUUAAAAAAUGUAUUUAUAAAUUAUUUAACAACAAACGACGCAUCGAGCAAACGGCAUAUGUUAAAUGCUAUUUCGACAGUAUUACGUUUCACAUCUGACGAGCUGAGUAAAGUUAAACAUUAAGGAUAUAUAUUUUUUUAUUAUGGUUAUAUUUCUCACAUAGAAAAAAAAAAUAAAUUCACUAAACGCAUA